CCACUCCUCACAGGUCUCUUCUAAGACUUCCCCCUCCAGACCAGGGAGGGGGUCAUGGGAGGCAGCCCUGGCUCUUCAGACAGACAGGGGUUCCAGGAGAGGGGAGCAGGUGAAAGAUGUGCCCAGCUGAGGGGAGAGGAAAGCCAGCCUAUGGGCAAUGACCUUUAACCCAACUUCCCCCCCCAGCUAGCCCCUUCCUGGGGGGGUGGGCACCAAGGACCUAGCUUCCGUGGAUCUUUGGUGUCCUUCUACCACUGGGGUUUUACUGACCCUCUCAGCCAUGCCCUUCUGCUGACUGCCAGUCCCAGUCAUGGGCCUAAGGCCUCCCACCCCGUCCCCCUCGGGGGGCUCCGGCUCGGGUUCUUUACCCCCUCCUUCCCGCCGCCAGCCUCUCAGCCGCCGCUGCUCUUCCUGCUGCUUUCCGGGGGAAUACCACUUGGGUCGCUCGAGGAGGAAGAGCGUCCCAGGGGGGAAGCAGUACAGCAUGGAGGCCGCCCCCGCUGCGCCCUUCCGGCCCUCGCAAGGCUUCCUGAGCCGGAGGUUAAAAAGCUCCAUCAAACGCACGAAGUCACAACCCAAACUUGACCGGACCAGUAGCUUUCGCCAGAUCCUGCCCCGCUUCCGAAGUGCUGACCAUGACAGGGCCCGGCUGAUGCAGAGCUUCAAGGAGUCACACUCUCAUGAGUCCUUGCUGAGCCCUAGCAGUGCAGCCGAGGCCUUGGAGCUCAACCUGGAUGAAGAUUCCAUUAUCAAGCCAGUGCAUAGCUCCAUCCUGGGCCAGGAGUUCUGUUUUGAGGUAACAACGUCUUCAGGAACAAAAUGUUUUGCGUGUCGUUCCGCGGCCGAAAGGGACAAAUGGAUCGAGAAUCUACAACGGGCAGUGAAACCCAACAAGGACAACAGCCGCCGGGUGGACAAUGUGUUGAAGCUGUGGAUCAUAGAGGCUCGGGAGCUGCCCCCCAAAAAGCGGUACUACUGCGAGCUGUGCCUGGACGACAUGCUGUAUGCGCGCACCACCUCCAAGCCCCGCUCGGCCUCAGGGGACACCGUCUUCUGGGGCGAGCACUUCGAGUUCAACAACCUGCCGGCUGUCCGCGCCCUGCGGCUCCAUCUGUACCGUGACUCAGACAAAAAGCGCAAGAAGGACAAAGCGGGCUAUGUCGGCCUGGUGACUGUGCCUGUGGCCACCCUCGCUGGGCGCCACUUCACAGAGCAGUGGUACCCCGUCACCCUGCCAACGGGCAGCGGGGGCUCUGGGGGUAUGGGGGGCUCAGGAGGGGGUGGGGGCUCGGGGAGUGGCUCCGGGGGCAAGGGCAAAGGAGGCUGCCCAGCUGUGCGGCUGAAGGCGCGUUACCAGACCAUGAGUAUCCUGCCCAUGGAGCUGUAUAAGGAGUUUGCAGAGUACGUCACCAACCAUUACCGGAUGCUGUGUGCGGUGCUGGAGCCCGCCCUGAAUGUCAAGGGCAAGGAGGAGGUGGCCAGUGCACUGGUUCACAUUCUGCAGAGUACGGGCAAGGCCAAGGACUUCCUAUCAGACAUGGCCAUGUCUGAGGUGGACCGGUUCAUGGAACGGGAGCACCUCAUAUUCCGCGAGAACACGCUCGCCACUAAAGCCAUAGAAGAGUACAUGAGACUGAUUGGUCAGAAAUACCUCAAGGAUGCCAUUGGGGAGUUCAUCCGUGCUCUGUAUGAGUCCGAGGAGAACUGCGAGGUGGACCCCAUCAAAUGCACAGCGUCUAGCCUGGCCGAGCACCAGGCCAACCUGCGGAUGUGCUGUGAGUUGGCCCUGUGCAAGGUGGUCAACUCCCACUGCGUGUUCCCGAGGGAGCUGAAAGAGGUGUUUGCAUCUUGGCGACUGCGCUGCGCAGAGCGGGGCCGGGAGGACAUCGCUGACAGGCUGAUCAGCGCCUCGCUCUUCUUGCGCUUCCUCUGUCCAGCCAUUAUGUCGCCCAGUCUCUUUGGGCUCAUGCAGGAGUACCCAGAUGAGCAGACCUCACGAACCCUAACCCUCAUCGCCAAGGUCAUCCAAAACUUGGCCAACUUUUCCAAGUUUACCUCAAAGGAGGACUUUCUGGGAUUCAUGAAUGAGUUUCUGGAGCUGGAGUGGGGUUCCAUGCAGCAGUUCCUGUAUGAGAUCUCCAACCUGGACACGCUGACCAACAGUAGUAGCUUUGAGGGUUACAUCGACUUGGGCCGAGAGCUCUCCACACUCCAUGCCCUGCUCUGGGAGGUGCUGCCCCAGCUCAGUAAGGAAGCCCUCCUGAAGCUGGGCCCACUGCCCCGGCUCCUCAACGACAUCAGCACAGCUCUGAGGAACCCCAACAUCCAAAGGCAGCCGAGCCGUCAGAGCGAGCGGCCCCGGCCUCAGCCUGUGGUGCUUCGGGGCCCGUCGGCCGAGAUGCAGGGCUACAUGAUGCGGGACCUCAACAGCUCCAUCGACCUUCAGUCCUUCAUGGCUCGCGGCCUCAACAGCUCUAUGGACAUGGCUCGCCUCCCCUCCCCAACCAAGGAAAAGCCACCCCCACCACCCCCCGGUGGGGGUAAAGACCUGUUCUAUGUAAGCCGUCCACCCCUGGCCCGCUCUUCACCGGCAUACUGCACAAGCAGCUCGGACAUCACAGAGCCGGAGCAGAAGAUGCUGAGCGUCAACAAGAGUGUCUCCAUGCUGGAUUUGCAGGGCGACGGGCCCGGUGGCCGCCUCAACAGCAGCAGUGUGUCCAACCUGGCAGCCGUUGGGGACCUGCUGCACUCGAGCCAGGCUUCCCUGACUGCGGCCUUGGGGCUGCGGCCUGCACCCGCGGGACGCCUCUCCCAGGGGAGCGGCUCAUCCAUUACCGCAGCUGGCAUGCGCCUCAGCCAGAUGGGUGUCACCACGGACGGUGUCCCUGCCCAGCAACUGCGCAUCCCCCUCUCCUUCCAGAACCCUCUCUUCCACAUGGCUGCUGAUGGGCCAGGCCCCCCAGGGGGCCACGGAGGGGGUGGUGGUCACGGCCCACCUUCCUCCCACCACCACCAUCACCACCAUCACCACCACCGAGGUGGAGAGCCCCCUGGGGACACCUUUGCCCCGUUCCAUGGCUAUAGCAAGAGUGAGGACCUCUCCUCAGGGGUCCCCAAGCCCCCUGCCGCUUCCAUCCUUCACAGCCACAGCUACAGUGAUGAGUUUGGACCCUCUGGCACUGACUUCACCCGUCGGCAGCUCUCACUCCAGGACAACCUACAGCACAUGCUGUCCCCUCCCCAGAUCACCAUUGGUCCCCAGAGGCCUGCCCCCUCAGGGCCCGGAGGUGGGAGUGGCGGUGGGGGCAGUGGCGGGGGUGGCGGGGGCCAGCCGCCUCCAUUGCAGAGGGGCAAGUCUCAGCAGUUGACCGUCAGCGCGGCCCAGAAACCCCGGCCAUCCAGUGGGAAUCUGUUGCAGUCACCGGAGCCGAGUUACGGCCCUGCCCGUCCACGGCAACAGAGCCUCAGCAAAGAGGGCAGCAUUGGGGGCAGCGGGGGCAGCGGUGGCGGAGGGGGUGGGGGGCUCAAGCCCUCCAUCACGAAGCAGCAUUCUCAGGCGCCAUCCACGCUGAACCCCACCAUGCCAGCCUCCGAGCGGACGGUGGCCUGGGUCUCCAACAUGCCUCACCUGUCCGCUGACAUCGAGAGUGCUCACAUCGAGCGAGAAGAGUACAAGCUGAAGGAGUACUCCAAGUCCAUGGAUGAGAGCCGACUGGAUAGGGUGAAGGAGUAUGAGGAAGAGAUCCACUCACUGAAGGAACGGCUGCACAUGUCCAACCGGAAGCUAGAAGAGUAUGAGCGGAGGCUGCUGUCCCAGGAAGAGCAGACAAGCAAAAUCUUGAUGCAGUAUCAGGCCCGACUGGAGCAGAGUGAGAAGAGGCUAAGGCAGCAACAGGUGGAGAAGGAUUCGCAGAUCAAGAGCAUCAUUGGCAGGCUGAUGCUGGUGGAGGAGGAGCUGCGCCGGGACCACCCCGCCAUGCCUGAGCCGCUGCCAGAACCCAAGAAGAGGCUGCUCGACGCUCAGGUGGAGAGGCAGCUUCCCCCCUUGGGUCCAACAAACCCGCGUGUGACGCUGGCCCCACCUUGGAACGGCCUGGCCCCCCCAGCACCGCCCCCCCCACCCCGGCUGCAGAUCACCGAGAACGGCGAGUUCCGAAACACCGCAGACCACUAGCCCACCCAGCAUCACAGACCUUCCUCUCCCUCCCCAUGCACCCUGCCCUGGAACAGCACCCACCACCAGGACUGGAUGUCACCGAGGGACAGCGGGAUUGCCUCCCUGAAUGCCUCCUUGGGGGGCACCAAUCCCCCACCCCCACCGCACCAUUUCCAGGGGGGAAGAGUGCGGACCCUUAGCUGUCCACUUUUCCUUCCUGUUGGGGUGCUGCCCCCUGUGACCCCCAGGGACCCUUGCCCCAGGACACCACCUACCCCACACAGACCCCUUCACUCCGGGGUGCUAUCCCCAUCCUCUGCCUCAUCGUUCCCCUGAGCACUGGGGGACAGACCCUCACCCCCACCCUGGGGGUGUGGCACCUCCAAACUUUCAACUUCAGGGUGAUUUUUUAGCAGUAACCAGAGCUGACAAUCUAACUCCCCUCCACCGCCCCAUUUUGGCCUCCCCUGUCCCCCUUGUUAUGGGGAGGGGACCCCGGGUGAGGGGGCCCUAUUACCCCUUGAUUUCUCAGGAGCGUCUGGGGGGGCUCAGCACGCACAAACUCCUUCUUCUCCUACUACUCUUAAAUUUACUCCCUCCCCACCCAGAACCCAGAUGGGGUGGAGGGGCCACCGGGGCAGGGAGGGGGCGGCAAGGGGGGAAUGGGAGUCGUCUCCCCUUCCUCCCACACCUGAUCUGCUCUUGGCUGGUCCCAGAGCGGGGUGAGGGGGCUUAUGCCCCCCCCUCCCCCAGUGUGUUGGGUGGGGUGGAAUUGAGGUUGGGUGAGGGGUUAGGGUCUAGGAGGGUGUGUGUGUUAGGGAGGACAGAUUAGUUGAUCUGCCCUACCCUGACACACACAGCCCCCCUUGCCCCUCCCCUCUCUCUUCUUGGUCUCUACUCCCAGGGGGAGGGGGGAACUUACUCUAGGAAAAGCCAUGUCUCUCUCCCCCAGGGUGGGGGGACCUGUGUUGGAGGAGGGGUGUUGGGGGCCCCCCUUCCAUGACUCUGUCCCCCCGGGGGAGGUAGGACAGGGCUGGGCUUCCCUCUCAUCCUCCCCCCUCCCCAAUCUCCCUCCACCGCCCUCCCUCCCGCCAGCUCCACAAUUUUUCGGUGUUUCUCUGUACAUAGCUCUCUGGCGGGAUAGGGGAGGUAGGAUGGAUGGGGUUUAGGGUGGGUAGGUCAUGGGAGGGGAGAAGCCUCUCCUUGGUACCCCCUCUUCCCUGACUGCUGUCCCCUACCCAGCCUUGCCCCCUCAUCCCUUCUUGCGUUUGGUAUUGAGACUCUUUCCAGACUUCACCCUUCUUUCUUUUGUAUGGACAGUUCCCCUUCAGUCCCAUCCCCCUACACAUAUACACCCAGCCGGGGCCAAAUUUAUACUUAUAUAAAAGUUGUAAAUAUGUGAAAUUUUAUCCCUGUGCCCUUUCCUUGCUUUCCCAACCCCAGACCCUACCCCUGGACCCCCUUUCCUCCUCUCUUUGGCUGUUGUAAUUAUCUGGGGUUUGUACUGUACAUAUUGGGGGUGUGUGUGUGUGGGCUGGGGGCAACCCCUCUGUACAGAGCUUCCUGGCCCCCUCCCCCCCCACGCUUCCCUCCCCCUCAACCACCCUAAGGGUAGGGAGAUGCUCUUCCUACCUGUUUUAUUUUGUUUUCUCGUUCUCCCUCCCCACCCUGUCCCACCCCACUCCCAGCCUUCUCUGUCCGCCCCCCACCCACUAUCCCUUUUUCUCCACUCCCAGCCCCAUUUCCUUUUUUUCUGGAGUGUGUGGUGAAACAGAAAAAUCAUGUUUAAUAAACGGAGAUUGUUCUUUUA